AUGAGGGCAAAGACGGGUACAACAGCUCAAGAGGACCACAACAGACCAACCUCCGGGUCCUCCUAUGAGGGUUCGGGUUACAGCCAUGUCGACGACAAUGACAGGUUAGAGCCGCCAACACACCCCUCGACAUCUACUUCUGCAUCUUCUCCCCUCUUACAAGACGGAGAAUGGACCGAUGGUGAACAGUACACCCCUCAAAUGAUCUCAGACGUCGAAGACGACGAAUACAAGAGCGACGAUGACGAAGAAGCCGGCAGGGUUGCUGCACGAAGACUCACUCCCGGACGACAGCCCCCUGCUCCCCGGUGGCGAAGUCCGCGGAAAUGGUUCACACAAGAAGAGGAACAGGCUGUAGUACGCAAGUUUGACCGGAAACUGGUCGUGUUCGUCGCAGGACUGUAUCUUCUGGCUUUCCUGGACCGGUCGAAUAUCGGCAAUGCUCGUAUUGCGGGCAUGGAUGACGACCUGCAGUCCAGUCCUCCGCGUGAGGACUGGUAUGAGUGGUCGUUGACUGCGUUCUACUUGGCUUACAUUGGCUUUGAGUGGAUGGCUGUACUGUGGAGGAUCAUUCCGGCGCAUGUCUAUGUGGCUUUGAUCGUGUUCUUGUGGGGGCUAGCGGCAUCAUUGCAGGCUGUAGCUGUCAACUAUCCUAUGCUCAUUGCCUUGCGGACGUUGCUAGGAAUCGGGGAAGCUGGGUUCACGGGAGUGCCGUUCUACUUGUCGUUUUUCUUCAAACGGGAGGAGCUGGCGUUCAGGACGGCCAUCUUUGUGUCAGCUGCCCCCUUGGCAACAUCUUUUGCCUCCUCACUGGCAUGGCUCAUCCUCAAAGCAGCCGAACACAGCCCCAUUGCCCCAUGGCGCCUUCUCUUCCUCGUCGAGGGCUUCCCGUCCGUUCUCGCCGCAGCUCUAGCCUGGAACAUCAUACCAGAUUUCCCUCAAACAGCAUCUUAUCUUACCCAACGUGAAAAGAAGAUUGCGCGUCACCGCUUGCAGCUCGAAAGGCCCUUAUCUAGGCCACGAUACUCUUCCCGAAGCAAGUCGUCCUCUCCCAUAUUCGACUCCCUCUCUGCACUCCUCGAUCCCGCCGCCUGGCUCACCUCCCUCAUCCUCUUCCUCGUCAACCUAGCCUACUCAUCUCUCCCUGUCUUCCUCCCCACCAUCCUCCAAGCAAUGGGCCACUCGGCACUCACCUCCCAAGCCCUCGCCGCUCCUCCCUACUUGGUCGCGUUCAUAGCGGUCCUCCUCACAGCCCAUGCCUCCGAUAAGGUCGGCGCCCGUUCCCCUUUCCUCAUCGCCCAUGCUCUGUUCUCAGCCGCGGGGUAUACCAUCCUCGCGUUGAGCGAUACUAAACUCCUAGGCCAUAUCCCUCCUGAUUCCUGGAUCCGCUAUUUCGCGGUCUACCCUGCCGCGAUAGGAUUCUUCUCCGUCGUAGUUCUGACUGUCUCAUGGAGCGUGAACAAUACAACCAACCACGCCAGCAGCAGCGGGCAGAGAAGGGGUGCGGCAGCGUUUGCGUUGUUGCAGGCUGUGGGACAGUGUGGGCCGUUGUUAGGGACGAGAUUGUAUCCUGAUCGGCAGGCGCCGUAUUAUACGAUGGGGAUGGCCGUUUGUGCGGUUGCGAUGGUUGGGGUAGCGGUUUUGGCGGGGUUGGGGAGGUGGUAUUUGAAGAGAGUGAAUAGGCGAUGGGAUGAGGAAGAGGAGAGCGAACAGGGCGAGGCACUUAGUCGGAGGGUAGUGGGGAGGUUUAGAUACAUGUUGUGA